AUGUGGGGAACAAGUUUGAGGAAGUUUUUCGCAAAUCUAAACGAGGCAGGAUGCGAACCAUCUUGCGAACGUUUUGCCUUCAAUUGUAUGGACAAACCACAAGAAACCACACGACAAGUAGAGUCACUCGAUGCUUAUAUUCUCGUCGGGAACGUGAAGCUUCUCGGUGAAGACACGGUCGAAAUGAUAAGAUAA